UUUGGCCAUUUGUCAACCUAUUGCUUCUGUCGUGUCAAAUUUUUUACAAGUAAAAAUUACAAGAGUUUUUUCAAUCAAAUAAACAGACCCGUAAACAUAGAAUUGGGGAGAAGAAACAUGGUUGGCCUGAAGACAAGUCUUGAGAACGAGCCAUUGGUUACUGAGAGACCUGAGGGGGUGGUGGGAGGCGGGGACCUGCCCCCCAGGCCGCCCCCGCCCCCGGACCCACCGACGGUGAAGACUAACAACAGUGUAGACAUGAACUAUAUAGACGAGCAACUGACCAUCAUCAGCAAACGUCACAAGAGGAGCCACUGUCCAGAAUUCCUUACUGCAUUGUGGAUGUCAUUUGCCGCCUUUACCAUAACGUUUAUAUCGUUUUACAUAUACGUGUACCUUCGGCUUGGAUAUCUGGGUGGCAGCAAAGACAGCCUGUUCUUUGGCUCGCCCUGGAACAAUGAGUCCAGGGUUGGCUCUGAGGUGUUCUUCCACCACAUCGUGCCACGAGGAGGAGUUCUGCCCUUCGACAUCUACUCUGACUUCCUCUCAGUCACGUCAAGAGAGUUCCCUAACCUCAAGUUCUCCGUCUACUUCUUACUCGAUGACUCGUUGGAAUCGUACAAGCGCGGGUCCAGAAUGACCACCAGCAUGUCCUUCACCAAGUGGGUUCAUCACAUGGAUCUACCUCUCAAACUCAGAAUCAAGAAGUUCAUUAAAUACCACCCCAACGUGAAUAUUAUUGUGAUGACGCUAAGCAACUACAUGAUGCGCACUCCUUUGAAGAGCAAGUACACCAUGAUGCCGCGUGAUUUCCUCGAGUUUUACAUCCGGGUGUUAUCUGUGUACCUGCACGGAGGCGCGGGCCUCGACCUGGCCGCCUUCAAUUACCUGUACGCCACACACCAGAAGAUAAACUCUCAAAUAGCGGUAAUCCUGCAGACUCAUAACAACGGGUAUACCCUGGAAGAGUAUGAGAUGAUGAUCCAGUCGUUGCAGAAUAACGCUGAUGAUAAAACCAUAUCGUCGCUGUUCGUGCUACUGUCGAGCAUGAUGGAUGAGGCCAAAUCGUUCUUUGAUUCACGUUUCUUACCAGCAUUCCUGUUUGAUGGCCCAACAUCGAACUAUGCUCAAGUUCCAAAACAGAGAAGCAGGCGAGCACCUCUAAUAUUGCGUGCCUCUCCAUUUUCAAUAGUACCCAUUAAACCUGGAAAGACAUAUAAUGACAGUAAGCAUAAUGAUACCAAGGAGAAAAGUUUAGAUGUCGCCCAAAAUGCUUCAACGACCGAAAUAAUUACCACUGAAACGAAUAUUGCCAUAGGGAUUGUAAAUGAUUCGUAUAUCGAUAACAUGGAUAAAGAAAACAAGCAAUCAAAAGCCAACGAUGCUGAUAAAGCAAAAGAAACAAAUGUUGUUAAAAUAACAGAAAUAAAUGAUGAAAAAAAUAGUAAAAGCAUCCAAGCGAUAACCACUAAACCUUGCACCACAACGACGUGCCGUCUUCAGGCUGCGAGACUACCUGAAUUCCCGGACUUGGCGAUCUGGUCCAACCAGCUGGCACCGUACCUCUUAUCCCCUUUCGGAGACAUGGCGAGACAGGAACGGCUCUACUCGCCGCCUAUAGCUGACUACAGACGCUAUCCUCAAGUUGUCCAAGCUAAAGACGAUAACAGACGCUAUCCUCAAGUUGUCCAAGCUACAGAUGAGAACAGACGCUAUCCUCAAGUUGUCCAAGCUACAGACGACAACAGACGCUAUCCUCAAGUUGUCCAAGAUACAGCCGACAACAGACGCUAUCCUCAAGUUGUCCAAGCCGUCGAUAAGAAUUUCAUCAGCCUGGACCAAUAUGGCGAGUUCGUGGUGGCUACUGGCCGCUACCAUCCCUUGCUCGAGCAGGUUCUACUAUCAGGCAACUACAACCUGGGUCCGAAGUUUGCUAUCGAAGCCGUCAUCCACGAACACUGCUCCGGGUCUAUGCAAUAUGGCGAUGCUGAUGAUUUUUGCGGAACCAUUCACAUUAUUUAAGUAGCUUUUAAGGGCCAGAUAGACGAGCUUUUUUCGCCCGUUCGUCACCGAAUUCGCGUACUUCACAAACAAAAAAGUUCGUCGAGCUUUAAGCACGCUAUUUACUCGCACGUCUAUCUGGCCCUUUACUGUUUACGUUUUGUUUACUUUGUAAUGUUAUCCGUGCGUUUGUUAUAUUUUAUGUUAUUUAUGUUUUUGUACCUACUGUUGAAAUGUUACUGUUUAUGUACGUCUGUUGUUGUUGAGACUAGAUUAAACUCUUUAAUUAUUAAAUAUAAUUUGAUUGUAGUAAAAUGUAUUCUUACAUACUUAAAUUAUAUUUUUGUAAGCUCUUUUAUAAAUGUAUUUAAUAAAAUUGAAUUUGUUUUAACAUAAACACCAAAAA